CGGCCGCCGCCAGCAGCGAGCACACACAAUAUGUGGUGGCUCGCGAAAACGGGAGGCAGGAGCCUGGCGGGCAGCCCGCGCCGGUAACCGGCCCCAUGUGAGACGGGAGCUCGCCUUUCGCUGCCCGGAGACGAUCGGCCGCCCAGCGCGAUGUCUUUCCGAGAGACCAAGGCGGGGGAAAAAGCCAAGCACCCUGAAGAUCAUGGCAAAAAGCAGAGUUCAAGUUGGAUCAACGGAAUGGAGAACAGCACGCAAGCCAGCACUUCUGUCGAGAAAAGAAAUCACCAUUGGAGAAGUUACAAGUUGAUUAUUGACCCGGCUCUGAAAAAAGGACAGCACAAACUCUACCGUUACGAUGGGCAACAUUUCAGCAUGCCUAACUCGGGGAUCGCUCCUGUGGACUGUGUCAGGGAUCCCAGAAUAGGGCGAAUAUGGACCAAAACUAAGGAGUUGGAGCUGUCUGUCCCCAAAUUCAAGAUUGAUGAAUUUUACGUGGGGCCAGUGCCUCCCAAGCAGGUCACUUUUGCCAAGCUGAAUGACAACAUCCGUGAAAACUUUUUGGCCGACAUGUGCAAGAAGUACGGCGAAGUGGAAGAGGUGGAAAUUCUAUACAACCCCAAGAACAAGAAGCACCUGGGCAUUGCCAAAGUCAUCUUUGCCACUGUCAAGGGUGCCCGGGAGGCUGUGCAGCACCUUCACAACACCUCUGUCAUGGGCAACAUCAUCCACGUGGAGCUGGAUACAAAAGGUGAAACCCGCAUGAGAUUCUAUGAACUGCUGGUUAAUGGUCUUUACACUCCUCAGACCCUCCCUGUAGGCACUGAACAGGAUGUGUCCCCAACUGGGAAUGAAGCUCUCCAGUUGACGGACUCCCUGAAGCGCUUGAAGGACAGUUCCCUGUCUUCCGCGGGAUCCUCCGUUACCCCAAACAGCAGCACGCCCUUUUCCCACGACACAGCCUAUUCCAGCUGUCGGCAAGACACCCCAAACUCCUACAGCCAAUUCACCCCACAGUCCCAAGGAACACCCCACACCCCACGCCUGGGGACACCGUUCUCCCAGGAUUCCACCUACUCCAGCCGACAGACAACGCCUGUGUACCAUUUUGGGCAGGACAGUGGGUACAAACCCAGGAGGCACGAGACGAAAUUUACGGAUGCGUACAACCGUCGCCCGGGACACCACUACCUGCACAACUCGGCGGGGGUGUUCCGAGGCACAGAGCAUCAGUUUAGCACAUUCAAAUCCCAUCAGCAGGAGCCAGUUCAGUUCUCUCACACUCCUCCCCUGAGCCACUCUAGUUCUUCGAGCUAUAAAUCCGCCUUCUCCCCCUACCAAGCACCAGCUGUUUUUCCCCAAUCUGAUGAACAGCCGUUUCCCCAAACUUCCAGGGAGACAGAGUACCGGAGACCUGCACCGCCUCCCACCGAGAUGGUUGUGGAAAGCAGCGCUGCCCCGAGCAUCGAUUUUGUCCCAGUGAAGGAGAAACCAGAGGAGCCUCCGCCCUUGCCCGACUCAAACUCUGUUCCUGAACCGAGCACAGCAUCCUUCUCUCAGACUCCAGAGAGGAGUGAGACCCCUGGCACCCCCACCAUGGAGUCUGAGAUGCAGCAUAACAGUUUAGACUCAAGGAUUGAGAUGCUCUUAAAAGAGCAGAGAACAAAAUUACCUUUUCUUAACGAGCAUGACUCAGAUAAUGAGAUCCGAAUGGAAGGUAGCCCUAUUUCCUCCUCUUCUUCCCAGCUCUCCCCCAUCCCAACAUACGGUUCGAACUCUCAGCCUGGUUUCAGGGGUCAGACGCCUUCCUCACGCCCUUCCAGCACAGGUUUGGAGGACAUCAGCCCCACACCCUUACCUGACUCUGAUGAUGACGAGCCCAUCCCUGGGACAGCUUCUCUGAGUCAGAAUUCCCGGGGAACAUCGGAGGCCAGCAUGACUCCCAUUGAUCAGCUGAGCAGGACCUCCAAAAUUGAAACCCUGGAGGCUAAAGAAAUGGUACCUGGUGACCAGACUCCAACAUCAGAAAAAAUGGACGAGGGUCAGCAUUCCUCAGGGGAGGACAUGGAAAUCUCCGACGACGAGACCAACCCUGCGCCCAUCACCAGCGCGGAAUGUGCCAAAACCAUUGUGGUGAACUCCUCCGUCAGCAACACGGCCGUGCUGGCCCCGUCCAUCCCCCCCCUGCCACCACCGGGAUUCCCUCCUCUUCCUCCUCCGCCGCCCCCGCAGCCCGGCUUCCCCAUGCCCCCGCCGCUGCCUCCACCGCCGCCGCCCACGCACCCGGCCGUCACCGUGCCCCCGCCGCCGCUGCCCGCCCCGCCCGGGGUCCCUCCACCUCACAUCCUGCCCCCGCUGCCCCCCUUCCAUCCCGGCAUGUUCCCGGUCAUGCAGGUGGAUAUGAUCAGUGUCUUGGGCAACCAGUGGGGUGGCAUGCCGAUGUCCUUCCAGAUGCAAACUCAGAUGCUGAGCCGCAUGAUGCAGGCGCAGAACACGUACCAGUACCCGCCUUUCGUGACGGGUCGGAUGCAGUUUGUGAAUCUUCCUCCCUACCGCCCGUUCUCGAUGGGAGCCGCUCUCGCCCGCGGGCAGCAGUGGCCACCGCUGCCCAAGUUUGACCCCUCGGUUCCGCCCCCGGGUUAUGAGCCGAAGAAGGAAGAUCCCCACAAAGCCACUGUGGAUGGAGUCCUCCUGGUCAUAGUGAAGGAACUAAAGGCCAUCAUGAAAAGGGACCUGAACCGCAAGAUGGUCGAAGUGGUGGCGUUCCGGGCGUUUGAUGACUGGUGGGACAAGAAGGAACGUCUUGCAAAAGCGUCUCUCACUCCAGUGAAGUCUGGAGGAGAACUGGAGGAAAAACCAAAGCCAAAGGAUCGAAUUGCCUCUUGUCUUCUGGAGAACUGGAACAAAGGAGAAGGGCUGGGAUAUGAGGCAAUCGGCUUGGGCAUUGGGUUACGAGGGGCCAUCCGGCUGCCAUCCUUCAAGGUGAAAAGAAAGGAGCCACCUGAAGCUGCCUCAGCGGGAGAUCAGAAGAGAAUCCGGCCUUCUACUUCUGUGGAUGAUGAAGAUGAAGAGUCUGAGAGGGACAGGGAUGCUUCUGAUACAACAUCUGAGCUGUCAAAGAAGGAUGCAGAGGCAGUGGGGCUGCGACGGCGACCAGCAAGGCCGUUGGAGCUCGACAGCGAGGGAGAAGAAGGAGAUGAGACAUCAGGGAAAGAGGAAGAGUCCUCCUCAGAGAAGGAAGAGGAGCAGGAAGAAGAGGGAGGCUUGGUGAAAGCAGCACCUGGCAAGGAGGAAGAGGAGGAUGAGGAGGAUGAAGAUGAUGAGGAUGAAGAUGAUGAUGAAGACGAGGAUGAAGAUGAUGAGGAGGAGACAGGCAUAGAUACAAGUGACAAGGAGGAGGAGCAGGACUCCGAGGAGGGUAAGCAGCUCCACUGGAAGCAGCGAGUGUCACCCUCGGGUCAGCUGUGGUCUCCCUUCUUCUUUUAUGUAGCAAGUCCCUCAUCUUCCAAGGCUGAAGUUGAAUCAUCUGAUGAAAGUGAGGACUCCUCUGAAUUUGAGUCAAGUUCAGACUCGGAUGAUGAAGAUGAGGAGGACGAUGAUGACGAUGAAGAUGAGGAGGAGGAAGAGGAGGAAGAGGUGGCUGAAGAUCAAAGCAGAGAAGCCAUGGUUGCUGAGCCAGAGCAUGAACCUGCUGGUCUUGAGCUUCCUGAUGAUGAGAGGGAGACUAUUUUGGACCUGUAUCCUGUGGAUGACUACAUGGAUGCAACAGGCUUGGGACUUGCUGAGCCAGCUUUGGCUGUGAAAGAUGAAGGCAGUGGAGAAAUCAAGGCAGGGGAAAGUGAGUGCGGCCAAGUCCCGGGGGCUUCUAUUGCUGCUGAAACUCUGAAACACUUGGUUAUGGAAAGAGACCAGGAGACAAAACUUGCACUCUCUCCCAUCUGUAGGCCAGAGGAGGAGUCCGAACCCACUUCCAUGCUGGAGCCGGAGGUACAGGAAGGUCCAAAGCCUGAAUCUCAAGAUGAGGAAGCAGCUCUCUGUAUCUCUACUCCAGUGGCAGUCUUUGGAGAACCUCUGCCCAGCAAAAGCAGCUUCUUUGGCAAGUCUGAGGAGAGCAGCUUGGAAGCCCGAGUUAAAGCAAAGCCACCGUCGGCAGCAGAGGAGGACGAGCGGCUGCCCCGCACGCCUGGACGGGAGGUGAUGACCCACUCGGAGACUGAGACUCUCCUGCUUCCAGCCCACAAGGUGCCAUCCUCCAUGCUUCCCUUGCCAUCGACACCCGGCAAGGAAGAAUCUUUAGUCCCUCCAGAAAAGUUCCCUGAACAAUUACUGGUGACCAAAACGUCCGUGGAAGAGGAGAUUCCUAGGACUCCCGGGCGGGACAUUUUGGCCAAGUCUUCACACCCCCUCGCGAAGUCGCAGAGCACGGACACUGUUCCAGCCACGCCAGGAAGUGAUGCUCCCCUUACAGGAAGCAGCUUGACCCUCAGUUCCCCUCAAGUCCCAGGGAGCCCCUUUUCCUACCCAUCCCAAUCUCCUGGCAUUAACAGUGGCAUUCCUCGGACUCCUGGGAGAGAUUUCAAUUUCACGCCUACUUUCCCAGAGGCUGGUGCUACCAUUCCUUGCCUUCUGCCUGGCAAGAAACAGUCAGAGGAUGAGCUAGAAGAGAAACCCUUUAAAGAGCCUCUUGGUGCUUCCCUUACGAUCAGCAUGAACAGUGUUCCUUCCCCUAUCCCCUUUGCCAGCCCCCCACAGGCAGAUUUCCACAUGGACAUGGGUUUGCCACCUGAUGAGCCAAUACCUGUAGCAGCCCUGCCAUGCAUGCAUGGCGAUGGAAGAAUGCCCAUCGAGGAAUGCAAGGCAGAAGUAAAACCUGGUUUGCUCUCCCCAGAAGUACCCCCUGGGGCUUCUAUUCUUCCUCCCCCUCCACCACCUUCUGUUCUUCCCAAAAGGAGGCCGGGUCGGCCGAGGCGGUCCCCACCUUCUGUCCUCUCGCUGGAUGUGUACUCGGGCAAAACCAUAGAGCCUCCUCCCAUGCCAGUGGCCUUGGUGGAAGGUCCUGUGGGCAAAGAGCUGUUGAGUGGACAUCCUGAUGCCUACUAUGGACUGAAAGACCCUGAAGCCGUCACCCUGGACUUCAGGAAUGACGGUUUCCACGAGAAAAUAGCAGCUGAGACAGUUGCAGAGAAACUGCCAUUCAAGGAGCUGGAGAACCAGUGGAAUGAAGACUUAAAGGAAGAAGAAGCUCACGCAAAACCUAAGAGACAGUGGCGAAGGCAGAAGAAGACAUCAGAGGAGCUGCCCAUGAUCCCUUCCCCUGAGUAUUCCCCACCCCAGCCGCAGUUCAGGCCACGCUCCGAGUUUGAGGAGAUGACCAUUUUGUAUGACAUCUGGAACGGAGGCAUCGACGAGGAGGAUAUCAAAUUCAUGUGUAUCACAUACGACCGCUUGCUACAGCAGGACAACGGUAUGGACUGGCUCAAUGACACCCUGUGGGUUUUCCAUCCUUCUACCAGCUUUUCUACCCCCAAGAAGAAGAAGAGGGAUGACGGGAUGCGGGAGCACGUGACGGGCUGUGCACGAAGCGAAGGCUAUUACAAAAUUGAUAAGAAGGACAAACUCAAAUACCUCAACAAUAGCCGAGCUUUUGCAGAGGAGCCUCCAGCUGACACACAGGGUAUGAGCAUCCCUGCCCAACCUCACGCUUCCACCCGGGCUGGUUCCGAGAGGCGAUCAGAGCAACGCAGGCUCCUCUCCUCCUUCACUGGUAGCUGCGACAGUGACCUGCUCAAGUUCAACCAGCUCAAGUUCCGGAAGAAAAAGCUAAAAUUCUGCAAGAGCCACAUUCACGACUGGGGCCUUUUUGCUAUGGAGCCCAUUGCAGCUGAUGAGAUGGUGAUCGAGUACGUGGGUCAGAACAUCAGGCAGGUCAUUGCUGACAUGCGAGAGAAGCGAUACGAGGAUGAGGGCAUUGGCAGCAGUUACAUGUUCAGAGUCGACCACGACACCAUCAUCGAUGCCACCAAAUGUGGGAACUUCGCCAGGUUUAUCAAUCACAGCUGCAAUCCAAAUUGUUAUGCUAAAGUGAUCACGGUGGAGUCUCAGAAGAAGAUCGUUAUCUACUCCAAGCAGCACAUCAAUGUGAACGAGGAAAUUACCUACGACUACAAGUUUCCAAUUGAGGAUGUAAAAAUCCCAUGUCUCUGUGGCUCUGAGAACUGCAGGGGAACCCUGAACUGAACUCAAGGUUUCUCUCAUCACACUUGCACCUUCGGCCAUGUCAAAACUGUGGUAACCAGGUGUGGUUGCACUUUGCCAAAAAAAGAGGAAAAA